AAUCAAUCCCAGCCCUGACGCCCUGACAGUCAAGCCAAGACAAGUCAAGCAAGCGCUACCAGAUUCGAAAAAGUCGUCAGCGCAUCCACCAGCAUCCACAGUGAGCGCAUCAGCAGCAUCAGCAGCAUCAGUUCAAGAUCUCAUUUCGAAUCGUCCGGUACCUCAGCUGGUCGUUCGUGCCUUCUUCAGUUUCCGGUCGUGCACCUUCAUGGACAGCGACAGCAGGGAGGCGCUGUCUCCCACGCCUGGAUGCCCUGGUCUGGGACUGAUCCCUGUGCCAUCUCUCACACCGGAGACACCCACCUGGCCUGUCGGACGCAGGUAUCUGUCCGACUCCCUUGAGUUCACACCAUUGGAGGACACCCGGCAGAUCACAUUCGUGGACAUCUCCAUUACGCCGGAGGCUGGCAAUCCUUCAUUGCCAGAUUCCAGCCUGGCCACUUGCACAGGUGUCGGGACAACACCGGUGCAACUGCUGACGUUUUCUCCUGGGAGCGAGGCUUCGGCGUCUCCCGCCUGCCGCGACCUGCUGGGGGACACCUUCUGGGUCAAUGGGUCUUGUGGUGAUGCCCAGAAGGGCGCCAACAUCCAGACGCCUGCUGCGGUGCCGGCUACAAGGGAUGCAAACUGCACUUUCUCGCUGUGCUCGUUUGUCAAGAAAGACGGCAGUACACCCACCGACAACGUCAAGCAGCCGUCCCUUGCCCCAGAUGACCCAUCUUGGAUGUGCAGCGACAUUUCACCGGGAAUCUCUAGCAGAGGCAAUGAUGCUGCCACAGUUCCAACCCAAGUCGACAAGUCUUCCCACGUGGACACGUCGGACUUCUCCUUUCCAAGCUCUCUGAACUGUACGGUGCUGCAGUGCCUGAACCCUGCAACGAAAGAGCCGAUCGACGUUGCUCUGCCACUGGAGGAGCUGCCAGCAGUGCCUUCCAGCAUCCCCCUUGGACUUCCCUUGAAGACUUUGGCGGAAGCAACUUUCUCCAAACCAGACAAUGGAGGCGAGGCUCUGUGCGACUCUGGGAAUCUGGACGUUGCAGUUGCUUUGGAUGGGACAUUUUCGGUGUCCUUUACAACUUCUGAAGUCGCACCACAGCUUCCUGCCAUGGAGGCGUGCGAAAAUUCUGCCAUCGAGGAUGUUGGUGUGCCAGCGGAAUCUGGUGCCACUUUCAUGGCAUCUCCUGCUCCCGCAGUAGACCGACCGAAGCUGGAACAGACGAGGGCGAUGGCGCCGGCACAUUUUCUAAACUCCUCCUUAACGGUGUCCCACAAUAUUGUGGAAGAGGCGUCGGGAUCGUCCCAUCCGAAUGAGGCUGCUUGCAAGGGGGGCGGCACAGAGGACGAAGCCGGCUGUCCGGCAGCGAGGGAGUGCCAAGAUGGCUUCACCGAGGAGGCUGACCUAGAGGCAGAGCGUCGCAUCUCCUUCACGGUGCCUUCAGCAUCUGCGACAGAAGAGCUGGAAAAAGGCGGACCGGCGGGGGAGGACGUCGGCGCGGCACUUGUUGGAGCCGGCAGAGUGUGCGGAACGGCAAUCUCGGAUGCCACAUUCAUUGAGUCUCUUGAGACCCGGGGAACUGUGGCAAGCCGUCUUGUUGCUGACGUGAGGGCCUCUGCCUCGCCUCUCGGUCCCCAACAGUCUCGGCCGACUGCGGAAGACAAUGGUACGGUGCCCGUCGUAGCGGACGAGGUGGGCGAUGCCGUUGUCUCGGAUGCCACAUUCACUGAGCCUUCGAAGGUUUCGGGAAUCGUGGCCGGCCGUCCCGUUGCCGGUGCCAAGGCGGAUGCCGCUUCUGGAGUGCCCGCCCCGCCGCUCGGUUCCCAGCGGUCUUUGCCGGCGCCUCGACUGAGGACGAAGCUGCAGCCUGGAAAGGGUCAGCCGGCCGGGGUUGUCCCAGCAAAAAGGGGCACAGGUAUCUCUGGCAGACAGUCUUUACUGCCUACCGGUGGGGCUGCCAAGACUGCUGGCAGGGGGUUGCAGAGGAAGUCUCUGGCAGUCCCCUCCCAGCGCCCCUUGCGUCCCCUGCAGCAGACGUUGCCGUCCAGGCAGAGACAGGCCCCCUCUGCCGACGCACCUGCAGCCGGAGCGACGUCGGCUUCGUCCACUGCCACGCAUGCAGUUCCGGCCACCCACGUACAGCAGAGGGUGCUGGCGCGGCCGACUGCGACGCAACGGCUGGCUUUUCGGCCCGCCAUCCAGCCGCCUGGGAGCCUUCUGCCAAGGGUGGCUGCCGCACCGACGCAGUCGCGGCUGGUCCCCGUCAGGGCAACGGGUGCUGCAACGACCCGCCGGUCCAUGGUGCCCCCCCCAUCUCGUGGCCAGAGGGUGCUUGGCGGGCUCCCGCCGGCCGCUGCUCCCACUCCCCCUCCUUCGGUGGUGAGGGCAUCAACACCACUGGGGCUGCGUCGUCCUCCAAGUCCCAGCGAUGUCAAUCUCCCGACACCCAUAACAAAGAUGUGAUCCAUGGAUUCCAUUUUCUGCUUUUAAAUCUUAAUGUAUUAAUAAAUGUUCUUUUUUAGUCCCGCAUACCAUUUCGAGGAUUUAGCGAUAUGCACUUGACUGGGCUCCACCGAUUAUAUCUAUUUUCAAUUUUACCGUCCUCAAUUUCAUCAGGACAUGCAAGUUUUAUUUUAGAUCUGUACAUAUUUUUUAUGUUAUUAAAUUUGUGCUAGAGAAGUUUUU